AUGGAUCGUAAAAAUCGUCGAUCAUCAAUUCUGAAAACGCGCACUCAACCCGAUAUAUUCGACGAAAAUGAGGAGCAAACGCUUGGAGGAGCUGGAAAAGAGCGACGAGUCAGUUUUCACAAUGUGAAACAUGUCAAGAAUUAUGACAAGGAACGCGGAAAUUUUCUUCACGCAAGUCCGCUUCGUGAGAAAAUUACGGAUACGAUGGAUUCGGAUGGGAUUUUGACGUAAGCACGGUUUUUGCGCAAAAAGGUCAAAAUUCGGUGAAAAUUAGCAAAAACUGGGCCUUGCUGAUGUUUCUGACAAUUUUUGAUUGAGUAUUUUCUCACACGGAAUUUGCCUCGAGAGUUUUAAUAAAAUAAAUUUUCCCUGGUAGUUUUGCAACCCGCUGAUCACUUGGCUUAAAUUGCAGAACUUGAGUUAUGACGUGGCAAACUGAUUUUACAAAUCUAUAGCUUACUUCAAAUUAUUUUCAUCUGGUAGCUGAAAUAUGUUAUAGCCUUGUAAAAUCAGUUUGCCACGUCAUAACUCAAGUUCCGCAAUUUUAGACAAGUGAUCAGCAGGUUGAAAACUACCAGGAAUGAUUUAUUUUAUUAAAACUCUCGAGGCAGAUCCGCUGUGAGAAAAUACUGAUUCAAAAAUUGUCAGAAACAUCAGCAAGGCCAAGUUUUUGCGAAUUUUCACCGAAUUUUGACCUUCGCAUCGUUUUCAGCAUGGUUUUUUCAAGUUCUAUUAGAACACGAUGAAAAUUAGCAAAACCGGAGCUUUUCUGAGAAUUUUUGACAUCGACUAAAUGAAAUUUUCAUGUUUUUUUUAGCAAAUGAGUUGAAAUAUUGUGUUCUAAUGUUAUUCAUAUGAUAGAAUGGUUUAAGACGAACAGAACGAUAUAAAUUUUGAUGAGUUUACCUUAUCCAUAAGUGAUUUAGCGAUGUUUAGGUAGAUAAGUUGCUAAAUCACUUAUGGAUAAGGUAAAGUCAUCAACAUUUAUAUCAUUCUGUUCGUCUUAGACCAUUCUAUCAUAUGAAUAACAUUAAAACCCAAUAUUUCAACUCAUUUGCUUAAAAAACAUGAAAAUUUCAUUUAGUCGAUGACCAAAAUUGUCAGAAAGGCUACGGUUUUGCUAAUUUUCACCGUGUUCUAAUAGAAAAACGAUGCGAAGGUCAAAAUUUGCUGAAAAUUAGCAAAAACUUGGCUUUCCUAUAGCUGGAAACGUCGAAAAUUGUUAAAUAGGCUCUGAAGCUCUGUACAAAUCAAUAUUUCCAUCAUUUUCCAAAAAUUAAUUCAAAAAUAUAUUUUUAGUCCCCGCGGUCGUCAAUUAGCCGAAGAUGAAACAAUCCAAGUUUUCCAAGAAAAUAAUACAACAAGAAGAGAAACUGUUGAUAUGUCAAUUGUGGCUGAAACUGAUAAUACAAUGGCGAUUUUUGAAUUGGAAGUUGAGAGAACAAUCAGUAGAUCUGUUCAGAAUUCGAAUCCGAAUCCAAAUCAGACUUUGGAUAUGUCAAUUGAUAAAUCAAUGAAUCCUGGAGGAGAAGAUACUAUGAUGAUUUUUAAUUUGCCAGCAGAAGCUUCAAAACAACCUGUUCCGAAUCCGAAUAAGACUUUGGAUAUGUCAAUUGACCCAACUCCAACUGGAGAAGAUACCAUGAUGAUUUUCAACAUUCCCAAGUUGUCAGAAGCUCCAAAAAUGAGCAAAACUAUUACUGUGGCUGAUGACACGAUGGCCAUUUUUAAUAUGACGGAUCGCGAAGAAAUGGAUAUGGAAUUGGAGGGUUUUGAGCAGAAAAUGGAGCAGGUUUGGGGGGUUUUGGGGGAUUUUUGAGCGGGAAAUUGUGAAUUUUGACCCAAAUUCACCCUGGAACCAUGGUUUUUGACAAAAAUCAUGAAUUUUGACCCAAAUUCACCCUGGAAUCAUGGUUUUUGAUGAUUUCUUGGAAAAUCUGAUGAAAAUUAUGAUUUUCAGUCGAAAAAAUGCUUUUUUUGGCCAAAAAUCGUGAAUUUUGACCUGAAUUCACCCUGGAAUCAUGGUUUUUGAAGAUUUCUUGGAAAAUCUGAUGAAAAAUAUGAAAUUUGAUCAAUUUUAUGUGGAAAAUGGUGAUUUUCUGCAAUUUUUAGCCCAAAAUUAUGAUUUUCAGUCAAAAAAUGCUGUUUUUGGCCAAACAUUGUGAAUUUUGACCGAAAAAUAUGAAGCUUGAUCAAUUUUGGGUGAAAAAUUGUGAUUUUCUUCAAUUUUUAACCCAAAAUUAUGAUUUUCAGUCAAAAAAUCGUGAAUUUUGACCUAAUUAUGAAUUUCAGCCCAAAUAUUCCAAAUUUUUCACAUAGAUUUGAUCAAAAACCAAAAAUAAUCUGAAAAUUUCCAGAAAUCAACUGAAAUUCCAUCAAAUUCUGAAGAUAUUCUGAUGAGUCAAACUAUGGAUAUCACAGAAUCGAAAGAAGCUGAAAAAUCUUCAGUAAAACCCGAGAUUCUCAAUGAUACAAUGGCGAUUUUCAAUGGAAUUCUGGAGCGAAAUUUGGCUGAAAAUCGUGCUGAAAUUGCAGAAAGAUCUGAAGAUUCUAUGGAUAUUUCUGCUCAAGUUACAGCUGAAAUUCCAUCUGAAACUGCUCAAUUUUCAGCCGAAAAAGAAGAUGGAGGUGGAGAAUUUGUGCCAGAAAUUUCAGAUGAAAUGGAUAUUGAAACAUUAAUUCUGGAAGUGAAUAAUGGAGGUGGAGAAGGAUCUUUUGUGGAAUUGGAACGAGAUGACACAUUGAGAGGUUAGAUUUGGACAAAUUUCAGCUGAAAUUGUGGAUUUUAAGCCAAAAAUUGAUGAUUUUGAUGAAUUUUGAGCUAGAAAUCGUGAAUUUUUAGUUGAAAAUGCUGUAAUUCCAGCUGAGUGAGCUGAAAUUCUGGAUUUUUAGCCCAAAAUUACCGAAAUUUAUGAUUUUCAGACAAAAAAUGCACUGAAAAUUGACAUUUUCAGGUCAAAAUUUGCUGAAAAUCACAAAUUUUAUUCUAAAAAAUGCUCAAAAUUCAUGAUUUUUACCACUUUCAUUGCAGAAUCAACAAUUCAAGCUGAAAAUGCUGAAAAAGAACAAGAUGAAGCUGAAAAUAUUCGAGCAAUGAUGAUUGAGCCAACAAAUUUGUCAGUUUUGAAUUUGAAACAAUCGGAUGAUGUUGGAUUUUUGUUAGAAAAAGAAAAGACUGUUGAAAUGGAACAAGAACAAGAAGAAGGUGAGCAUUUUGAGCUGAAAAUGUGCAUUUUUGACCUGAAAUCAUGAUUUUUUGAUUAAUUUCAGGUGAAAAACUGCAAAUUUUGACCUAAAAUUGACCUGAAAUCAUGAAUUUUGAGCUCAAAAACCCCUUGAAAGUUCUAAUAUGAGCAAUAUUCUUGACUUUCAGGAUUUUUUUCUCUAAAAUUUGUCAAAACAUUGCUCAUAUUAAAUUGUCUAGGCGCCGCGCCUAGAAAUCCACUCUAACAAGAAGCCACGUCUUGAGAGCCUAGUCCUAAAGUAGCCGUGCCUUGAAAACCCAAAUGUCUAGGAGCCGCGCCUUGAGAUCCUAGUCCUAAAGUAGCCGCGCCUAGGAAUUGCUGUUUUCAAGUAGCCACGCCUUAAGAACUUAAAUGUCUAGGAGCCACGCCUUGGAAACCUAAAUGUCUAGGAGCCGCGCCUAGGAAUUGCUGUUUUCAAGUAGCCACGCCUUAAGAACUUAAAUGUCUAGGAGCCACGCCUUGGAAACCUAAAUGUCUAGGAGCCGCGCCUUGAGAGUCUAGUCCUAAAGUGGCGCGCCUAGAAAGUGCUAUUUUCAAGUAGCCGAGCCUUGAGAACCUAAAUUUCUAGGAGCCACGCCUUGGAAAACCUAAAUGUCUAGGAGGCAUGCCUUGAAAACCUAGUCCUAAAGUAGCCACGCCUUGAAAACCUAAAUGUCUAUGUAGGAGCCACGCCUUGAUAGCCUAGUCCUAAAGUAGCCGCGCCUAGGAAUUGCUGUUUUCAAGUAGCCACGCCUUAAGAACCUAAAUGUCUAGGAGCCACGCCUUGAGAUCCUAGUCCUAAAGUAGUCGCGCCUAGGAAUUGCUGUUUUCAAGUAGCCACGCCUUGAAAACCUAGUUUUUAUCCAAAAUUUCCAAAAUUUUUGCAAUUUUUUGUUGCAGCUACAACAUUCUCACAAUCUUUCAAAAGCUGUGUGAUGGAACUCGAAAAUCAAUCGAUAACAAAUCGAUCAAUAAAUCAAUCGAUAAAUAAUCGGCGCGAAGAAAUUCAGGAAAUCCAAGAGACCACUUUGAUUAGUGGAAAUAAGAGUUUGACUGAAAUAUUGUGCGGACAAGAGCCGAAAAUAUUGAAGGAAAUGAGGAGACGCAGAGAAUCGAUACAAAAUGAGACAUCGAUUUUGAGCGCAGGGGGAAAUCGAACUAGAAGAAGUUUGACUUGUGUGAAUUCGAGUUUUGUGGCGAAUUCAUCGAUUAAUGGAGCUGGAACUGGAACUGGAGGAAUUAGAAAGGAUAUUUUCUAUUUGGUGAGCGAAAAUUGGGUAUUUUUGAUAGAAAAUUGAUGAUUUUUGGUGAAAAAUUCAUGAUUUUUGACCUAAAAUUGAUGAAAAAACCAUUUUUCUUUGGAAAAAAUGACCAAAAAUUUGAAUUUUUUGCAGAAUACCUCAAUUCGAUCAUCUCCAAAUGUCAAUUCUCCAAGUUCUCCAAUCACAAAAUUGCCAAUUUUUGAUCAAGCUGUUUCGAAGGUUGGCUGAAAUUUGGCUGAAAAUUUGACUAGAACCCCAUUUUCCAGAUUGUUUGGCUUGAAAAUUCGAAAUUCGCCACUGAAAUGAACCAAUUGGCUGGCGAAAAAUUGGCUGAAAUUCGAGAAUCAAUUGAAAAAGAAGCGGCGAAAUUGGACAAGUCGAAAAUUGAAGGAAUUGAGAAGGGAAAUAUGAAAAAGGUGAGCUUAAAAUUUGCAAAAUUGUGUAUUUUUUCCUAAAAAAAUGAGCCCAAAAUUGAGUUUUUUGAGCUGGAAUUCGUGAAAUUUCAGAAAAAUGAACCUAAAUUUUAAAAAGCUUAAAAAUGAGCCCAAAUACUUUAGGGUUUGAUCUACAGUACUCCUGCCACGUGGCAUUUUUUUUGACUAUAGUGUUUGGGCUCAUUUUGAAGCUCUUUCAAAAUUUCGAAAUCCAAAAUUGUUUUUUCUGUUUCAGUUCACAUUGGACGAAAAAGAUGUGAUUCGAGAUGCUCGAAUUGUGGCUGAAAUUGAUUUGCUGAAAAUGCGUCUGAAAUUUGCGGCUCAAAAAAAGGCUGAAAUGCACCGGGAAAAUGAGAAAAUGAGUGGAGAAAUUGAGGAAAAUGAGAGGAAUUUGGAAAUUUUCGGAACAUUAGGAGAGGAAAAUGAGCGACUGGAUGGUGAGUGGAAUUUUUGGAGCCUAAGCCACGUGGCAAAAUUUUGAAGAGCUUCAAAAUGAGCCUAAAUAGUAUAGGGUUUGAUCAACAGUACUCCUGCCACGUGGCAUUUCAAAGUUGAAGCGACAACAUUUUUUUUUUAAAAUUCAAAUUUAGGCUCUAGAAAGCCACGUGGCGGAAAUUUUGGAUUUUGAAAUUUUGAAGAGCUUCAAAAUGAGCCCAAAUAUUAUAGGGUUUGAUCUACAGUACUCCUGCCACGUGGCGAAAAUUUAUUUUUCAAAAAUUUUUGUUACAGAACUCGAAAAAAUGACGACAAAUGCGAUGCCGAUUCACAAACUCAAAACUGAAAUAAUUCGACUUCGAGUUUUGAAAUCGAAAAAAGAUUGGGAAAAACAGCGUGAAAAAGCGAAAAAAGUGAAAGAAUUUGAGAAAAUAAUUGAAGAAAAACGAAAAAUGAUCGAAGAAUUGAAGAAAUUGUUGGAAAAAAAGCAAAUGGAAAAAGAGGAAAAAAGAAUGAAAUUGCAAAUUGAAAUUGAUGAAAUUAUGAGAGAUGCUCCAAAAACAAACUGA